AGCAACAAGCUAAACAGAUGCCCAUAAGGUCAAACAGCACAGCCAAACCCAGAGCUCCACUACUCCCAGCACAGCUGAGCCCAAGACACCACUACUCCCAGCACAGCUGAGCCCAGGACACCACUACUCCCAGCACAGCCAAACCCAGAGCUCCACUACUCCCAGCACAGCUGAGCCCAGGACACCACUACUCCCAGCACAGCUGAGCCCAGGACACCACUACUCCCAGCACAGCCAAACCCAGAGCUCCACUACUCCCAGCACAGCUGAGCCCAGGACACCACUACUCCCAGCACAGCUGAGCCCAGGACACCACUACUCCCAGCAGGAUCCUAGAAAUGGCUUUUACACUGAAGGAGGCCAAGGAGACCCUCAAGGCUCUGGAGCACCAGUGCAAACUCCUGACACAGCAACAAGUGACGUUCAUCACCGCCCUGGAGCGCAUGCGCGAAAACGCGCAUGACAGGAUCAAACCUGUGAGCAAUCUGGCACAGGUACAAAGCUACUUAGAUUACAAUUGUAACAACAGCACAGACCGGGGGAUCAUCUCCCUGUUCCUUGGGGUCUGCAAAAACCUGGGAGAUUUCUGUGUGAAGCUGGACGCCCUGCAGACCGAGACCAGGUCAGCGGGGGACAUCAUCCAAAUCACCAUGAAAAUGCUGAGUCCGACAUAUGACCUGACCGAGCUGAGAGCCAAGUAUCCUCACGAUGCUCUUAACCACCUCAGUUGUGAUGAAGCAUUAAACUUUUAUGGUGGAAUUAUAAGCCUUAUUCCCGUUGUUCUGGCGAACGUUCGAGAAGCUGUGUCUAGGUUGGCGAAACUGCAUCCCCUAGAAGGAAGCAGCGGCAGACAUUAUACUGAGGAUAACGCUGGAGGGUACAGCCACACACAAAGCACUGGGUCUCAGACCAAAGUCACCCAGGCAGAAGAGGCCGCAAAACCAGCAUGGAGGCCUGCAGGACGGUUCCAUACCACUUAAAUAUCUGUGAACCCCACUGUAUGUGUAAUGUAAUAAAUACUGGGUUGAAGAUC